CUAGGCACUAGGCGGCGGCGGCUGGCGUGGGGCUCCUUAGAUGCGCCACGGCUUCGGUAGCGACCGUAUCUCCUGCCGGGUGUGAGUGUCGCCAGCCCCUCCCCCAGGAGACCGUUGCAGUUGGUCGCUUUCUGCUCCUCGGUAACCAUGUGCGACCGAAAGGCCGUGAUCAAAAACGCCGACAUGUCGGAGGAGAUGCAACAGGACUCGGUGGAGUGUGCAACUCAGGCGUUGGAGAAAUAUAACAUAGAGAAGGACAUUGCGGCCCAUAUUAAAAAGGAGUUUGACAAGAAGUACAACCCCACCUGGCACUGCAUCGUGGGGAGGAACUUCGGUAGUUAUGUGACACAUGAAACCAAACACUUCAUCUACUUCUACCUGGGCCAGGUGGCCAUUCUUCUGUUCAAAUCUGGUUAAACGCAUGGACUGUGUCACACACCCAGUGAUCCAUCCAAAACCAAGGACUGCAGCCUAAAUUCCAAAUACCAGAGACUGAAAUCUUCAGCCUUGCCUAGGGGAACACCUCGAUCUUUGAACCUUUGUUGUGCUGUGUUGUGCAGGGUAUUCUCUGUACAAAUUUGUUGUGGUUAUAAAACAAUUAGCAAAACAGCUUACAUUUGUAUUUAUUUUCUAUUCCAUACCUCUGCCCCAUGUUUUUUCUCCUCAAAAUCCAUUCCUUUAAUAAAUCUGUUGGAGAAGUGUG